CCUAGGAAAAACAGGCUUUUUCUUGCUUGAACAGCAAGCAACAGGGAUCUAUAUAACAGUAGACACGCAAGUUCUGAAAGAGCAAGAAAAUAGAGCAAAAUGGUAACCAUGGGGGAGUUCUGGGUUACUCUAACCUCAGUUGUAGCUGCAACAGCUAUGUUUAGAACUUACUUCCCUUAUGAAAUUUGGCUCUAUGUUGAAAGAUUUAUCCACAAAUUGAUUCGCUUUUUUAAUCCUUACAUUGAAAUUACAUUUCAUGAAUACUCUGGUAAAUAUCUCAAGCGUAAUGAAGCCUUCACCGACAUAAGAAACUAUCUCAGUACUAGAGCCACUUUGUGUGCAAAAAGAUUUAAGGCUGAUGUUGUGAAAGAUAGCAAGUCUUUAAUUCUCAGCAUGGAGGAAAGAGAAGAGGUAACAGAUAUGUUUAAAGGGGUCAAAGUCUGGUGGGAAUUGCGUCAUAAGGCCCCUCCCAAAACACAAUCAUUUUCUUGGUAUGGAAGCGACGACGAUAAGAGGUAUUUCAAGCUCAUAUUCCAUAAACGUCAUCAAGAACUCAUCACAGGGACUUAUGUUCAGCAUGUGCUUGCUGGUGGAAAGGAUGUUGCAGUGAGGAACCGCAUUCGAAAGCUAUUCAAUAAUAAUCCUAGCAAGAAUUGGUAUGGCUGGAGACAAUCAAAGUGGAGUCAUGUACAUUUUGAGCAUCCUGCAACAUUUGAUUCAUUGGCAAUGGAGAGAAAGAAGAAGGAAGAGAUCAAGAAUGACCUCAAGAAGUACAGUGAGGGGAAAGAGUACUACACAAAAAUCGGGAAGCCUUGGAAGAGAGGGUAUCUUCUUUAUGGUCCUCCAGGAACUGGCAAAUCCACCAUGAUUGCUGCGAUCGCUAAUUUUUUAAACUAUGAUAUCUAUGAUCUUGAACUUACCACAGUCAUGGACAACUCAGAGUUGAAAAAUCUUUUGAUCGAGACAACAAAUAAAUCUGUCAUAGUUAUAGAGGACAUUGAUUGCUCGCUUGAUCUUACUGGUCAGCGCGAGAAGAGAAAGGGGAAAGAUGAGGAUAAAGAAGAGCAAAGUCCCAUUGAAAAGAAGAUGAAAGAGGAAGGUGAGAACAAAGUAAGCAAGGUCACUUUAUCUGGGCUUCUGAAUUGCAUUGAUGGCCUUUGGUCAGCUUGUGGGGGAGAAAGAAUCAUUGUGUUCACUACUAAUUAUGUGGACAAGCUUGAUCCAGCACUUAUCAGGAGAGGAAGGAUGGACAGGCAUAUUGAAAUGUCCUACUGUUGCUUUGAUGCAUUCAAGGUUCUAGCUAAGAAUUAUUUACAUAUUGACUCACAUGAAUUGUUUGCAGAAGUUAGCAGUCGGUUGGCAGAAACCAAUAUGAUACCUGCAGAUGUAGCAGAGCAUUUGAUGCCGAAGUCUGAUGAAGAUGAUGCUGAGACUUGUCUGAAGAAUCUGAUUAAAGCUCUCAAGGUGGCGAAGAAGGAAGCGAUAAAAAAAGCUGAGGAAGAGGCGCGCUCAAAGGCCGAGAAAGAGAAGGAGGGGGACAAGUGUACUUGCUCUGCUAAGAAGGAUAUGAAGGGUGAUGAAACAUCAACUAAAUCUGUGAAAGAGAAUGGUUUCAUCAACCAGGAAGAUAAAGGCAUGGAGAACUGAUCUUGAAUUCUACCCAGAAUUCAAGCAACGAUGGUUUCACAACUUGUGAAGAAUUGGAUAUAAUCUUGCAUAUUUGGUGUACAGUGUGUGUAUCUUGCAGAAUAAGCAGCUGAAUUGCAUAGUGAUUGCUUAUUGUAAAUAUGCUGGAGCUAACUAGCAGCAAGGCAAUAUUGGUUUUAGUUUGUAUUGUGUGUAGAUCAUGAUACUGUUUGUAUAUAAGUCAACAAAAUGUUGUUUCACUCAAUUUAUCUUAUAUGUUUAUAUCUAUCUAUCCAAGUUGUGGUGUCAAGCUGCAAAUAACUGUGGAACGAGAAUUGGGAGGACUGGUGCCUUGAACUGCCGGUGUCUACUUGUAUCAAUCCAAAUUCAUGUAAUGAGAAUAUUGUAUUCAUUCA